AUGCGGAAACUGGGUGCCCGCGCUCGGAUAUUCACACCCCGGGCCCAGUCAGCGUGUGCAAGUACCGCGCCUGCGCCGCCGCUGCCCAAGUUAAGCGCAAGCACGCGGCGCCGUGGUCCGCGUCUAGGCACGCUCUCCCAGUGCCAGGGCCGAGCGUCAACGAGCACGCACGCGCGGACGCCUACGCACGCGCACGCACGCACGCGCCGCGGCCCUCCCCCCAGCGGGCGUAUCUCGUGGCCCGACUAUUGCCCAGGGCGCAGUCUGUCCGUCAGGCUUUCUGCUGCGCGCCCUUGGGGUUAA